AUACUAUGAUAGUGAUAAUUAUUUUGAUCUCUUUCAUUAAUUUAAUUGACUAUUAUGUGUAUAUAUAGAAACUUGAAGCUUCGUGAAGCCAAUAUAUUCCAGUUUACUCUUCCCUUAAAUUGGAGGCGUUGUGACUGAGUAGUAAAGCACUUGGCUUCCAAUCUGAGUGGUCUCUUGUUCAAAUCUUGGUGAAGACAUGGGUACUUCACAUCUAAUAUUUAUGUUAGGAAAAUAAAUGCAGUUGUUCAUUAUGCUGGUCAUAUGACAUCUUCCUUAACCAUUGAUCAUUGAAACAGAUACAUUUUACAUCAUAUGCCCCCAUAAAUUGCAAGAAUAUUCUAUGCAACAAUGGAUAAAUUUCAUUAUUGGAGAAAAACUGGAAGCAAGUUUUUUCUCUCACUAUCCUGACCAUUGUGAUAUUUAGCAGAAUCUUGUAAUGGCAACUAGCAAAAGAAAAACUUAUGGAACUCAGGAAGAAAAAGAGCCUUUGAUUGGUGAACAAUCCCAUUGCACUUUUGGCUUUAGAACUGUAGCUACACAUCAAAGUGUCCACGAUCUGAGUGUGGAGCAAGUUGAUUUGGGAUGUCUUUCAACACGAUGGAUUUCACAUCUCAUCCAUUGACACCCUCAAAUGGUUUGGUUGCAAAUGGUGAACCCCCUUGGACUACGCGAGAUGAGAAUGUAGAAGUUGAGGUUGGUGGACAGUCCAGUACAUCUAAACAAGUUCAAGCAAAGGUCAAAAAAUGUUGUCGCGAGACAUUCACAGUUCAGAAUGUUCUUAGCAAAUUUCCCAUUGUCAAGUGGCUACCAAAAUACAGGUGUGAUACAUUCCAAAGUGAUAUCAUAGCAGGCCUUACCGUGGGCCUGACAGUCAUUCCCCAGGGACUGGCCUAUGCUCAGGUUGCUAACCUUCCUCCACAGUAUGGACUGUAUUCAGCAUUUGUUGGCUGCUUUGUGUACUGUGUACUGGGCACAUCCAAAGACAUUACCUUAGGGCCUACAGCUAUUUUGUCUUUGAUGACAUCCAUGUUUGCAACAUCUGUAUCCCCAGAGCUACCCAGUGGUGGGAAAGAUCCAACUAUUACCAUUCUGCUUACAUUUUUUUGUGGAGUUAUUCAGCUUGUUUUGGGCAUUCUUAAGCUUGGAAUUCUAGUUAACUUUAUCUCUUAUCCAGUUAUCAAUGCCUUCACCUCUGCUGCAGCCAUCACAAUAGGUUUUGGACAGAUCAAGAAUCUUCUUGGAUUAAAGAAAAUUCCAGAUGAUUUUCUGAAUAUGGUUUAUCAAACAUUUAAAAAGCUUCCAGAGACCAGUAUUUGGGAUAUGACAAUGGGCCUUAUCAGUUUUGUCAUUGUCAUGUUGUUGAAAAAGCUCAGGGACAUCAAAUGGUCAGAUGCCAAUGUCAGUGAGAUACCUAUUUCAAAAAUUGUUUUGCGAAAAAUUCUCUGGCUGGUUGGGACAGCUUGCAAUGCAAUAGUUGUCAUCUCUGCAGCUGGAGUGGUGGUUAUUUUAGAAGACCAAGGUUUUAAUGGAACUAUAGCUGUCACUGGUCACAUCAAACCAGGCAUGCCUGAUGUAUCAUUUCCUAAAUUUGAAGUAGACACUGGUAAUGUUACCUUAUCAACAGGACAGAUUUUUUCUAGAUUAGGUACUGGCUUAGCAAUUGUUCCUCUAUUGGCUGUUGUUGAGACCAUGGCUAUUGGAAAGGCUUUUGCUAGAAUUAAUAAGUACAAGAUUGACCCAACGCAAGAACUGAUAGCUAUUGGUGUGGCCAACAUUGCUAGCUCUUUCUUUCAGUCCUACCCAAUAACAGGUAGCUUUUCCAGGACUGCAGUCAACUCACAGACUGGUGUUCGUACACCCAUGGGAGGUGUGUGGACAGGUGGACUGGUUAUCCUUGCUCUCUGUCUCCUCACUCCUUGGUUCUAUUACAUUCCAAAGUCUGCUUUGGCGGCUGUCAUCAUAUCCGCAAUUCUGCCAAUGAUAGAAUAUCACACAGUUGUUGUACUCUGGAAAGCCAACAAAUUUGAUCUUGUGCCCUACUUCAUCACUUUUCUCUGCUCUCUCCUUGUUGGUAUUGAGUAUGGAAUCCUAAUUGGGGUUGGCAUCUCUCUGUUAAUGAUCCUCUAUCCAACUGCCCGACCAAAAAUCAAAUAUUCAACAAACAAAGGAGUUCUCAUUGUGACGCCAAUGCAAGGUCUUAACUUCCCUGCAGCUGAAUACAUAGAGAUUCAAGCCUUUGAGAGAUCUGUGGAAGCUGGCAAAUCUAAAAAUAUCAUCUUGAACAUGGAAAAUUUGACUGAUGUGGACUACACAGUGAUACAGUCUUUGAAAACCUUACUUUGUGACUGCAGUUACCACGGCAUGAAGUUGGUUCUAGCCAAUGGUCAGCCUCAUGUCAAGAAACAAAUUGAGUCAGCUGACAUAAAGAAUUUAACAAUUUUCACAACAUUGUCUGAAGCUCUGGAAGAAUUAGUUUGCCAAGAGGAAGGUGUGACAACUGUGGAAGGCAAUGAACUGGAACCAUUCAUGACACACCUGUAACCUUCUUUUGCUCAGGGAAUUGAACCACAGUUUUAAAUUAUAUCAAUGUAUUUAUUUGUUGAUAUUUAUGUUGGCUGUGUUGAAGUUUUGUUUACAAAAACUGUUUUCUUUUUUUAUUGCAUAUUUUUUAAAAAUAUCUACUAUGUCAGAGUAAUUUGAGGUGUAUGUUUAUUUUGAUUUAUACAAAUGUUUACAAAAAAAUCAGAAAAACAAGAUUUUCACAUGUGUUUAUGUUUAUAUAAUUGUUAAGAGAUAUUAAGUGCUGUGGAUUAAAUCACAUUAUGUAUCUCAUGUUAUAAUUACUGAUUUUUAUUUAAAAAAAACAUUGUACAUCUCAUUCUUAUCUAUAUAUGUUAAUAUAGCUUUAAGUAAAUUAGAGAUUAGUGCAAGUUCUUAUUCAUUUGUUUUCCUGACUGAUUCAGGCAACCCAUUCCAUGUUUGUGUUCUUGUUUUGAUAAGAUCUAGUGUAUAGGACCAGACUGAGAAAAGAGUCUCUCUUGACUUUCACAUUGUCUCCAGUACAGGGGCACACAAAAAUAUUUUCGUAGUCAGUGACUUUAUUUCCAGUUUAGGUUAUUGAAUGCAUUGACUAAACUUAGUGUAGAGUCUUUUUUUGCUCAAAGCUGUCAAAUAGAAUAUGAAAGAGCAAAUAAUGUAGCUGAACUGUCCUUGAUAGAGUCAUCAGUCACCCCCACUGACCCAAGGAAAGACAAAGCCUUACAAAAGAGGAAUAAAAUAAAGUCAACUAUAAAAUUAUUCAUACAUUUCAUUUGAUGAAACAUAUAAAUUUGUCAAAAGUUGUUAAAUUACUUAAUUUUAUAUCAUGUCUCAAAUGAAAGGGACAUAUUGCAGCAGUUCAUCAAUCAUAAGAUGACAUUGAUUCCUUCAGAUUGUACUUGAGGAGAAAAAUACCUGUCACUGAGUCAAUGGAGACCUAUCUCUCUCAUUUUUCCUCCAUGCCACAACUACAAUGAUUAGCUAAAAUACUUUUUUUCAAAAGAUAACAAUCACAGAUCUUGAGGCUCUGAGUAACAGGUUUCCUAAAAAAAAACUUUGACUGUUUAUGAAGGAGGUGUCCUGCAAAUGAUUUCAAUUUACAGCUCUGAUCAAUCAGCUGAUCUGUGUUUAGACAGAUGAAAGAUUGAAUUCAAUUACUGCCUUCAAAGGAAACAACAGAGUAAAAGCUGGGCAUCUUUGCAUUUUGACCAAUUCUUGUCAGAUAGAGAAUGCAUUCUAAAAAAGAUGACAUAUUUUCCUUUCGAUAGAGGUCUGACAGUGGCACCAACUCAAGAAUAAACAAUAGAAUUAAGUUAUAAUCAAUAGAAAGUAUUUAAAUUAACAGCCGCAUGUGAGCAAAGUUACAUUACUUACAACAAGAAGUGAUCUGUGUUAUAAAAACAAACAAUUUAAAUAUUUUUAUUUUAGUUGAUUAUAUUCUAAAAUCAAAGUAGACCUAUAAGAUUUUUUGUACAAUCGUAUUAACUAAAAACUAUUCAACUGGUCAGUAAAGAUGUAAAGAACAAACCUUGUACAGAGUAAGUUGACUUGUAUUAGAGAUGAUUCAUAAAGUAAGUGUUUGACUGCCAGUGAUCCUCAGCAUAUUAUGAUUUGGACCCCAAAAUGGUUUUGAAUUAUUUGUAUUAAGAACAAUCCCUUUCAAUGAACCUUUGUAUGGACUUUCACUCGGUUAGUGUCACAAACUUUUAUAAAUGAAUGAUAAUUUUGAAAAUAAAUUGUGUUUUUAGAUGUAACUAUUAAAUAGGCCUACCACCUCAUGUAAGGUGAAACUCUAGGCACUGUUUGUGCUACAAUUUUUUUUUCAGCUAUAUAAUGUGUAAAAAACAAACAUUCAUCAUUCAUUUUAAUUGUAUGCUUUUAUUUUUACGCGACAAAGUCUUGAAUUUGCUUUUCAUGUCACUUUGUUAAUUUUUCCUAUACAAAAUGAACAUUUUAAUGUUCUUUAUUUCAAAUUAUUCUUUGUCUGAUGAGAUUGAAAUGCAGAAAGCUGCUAUGAGAUUAAAACCUACCUCCCCUUCCAAAGUUAUUUAUUUUUUGAUUGAGCAAACCAAAAGAUGUCUACUACUAAAGUUUUUAAAUCCUCUAGACUUUGAUAUUUUCAAGUUAUAACACAUAAUCACGUGAAUUCUAUUCUUAGAAUAUGCAUCUAUCUAAUUUAACAAUCCUCAACAUAAACACAUUAUCAAGAAAAAAAACAACUUACAGUUCCCAUACAUUUAUGUAUUUUCAAAGAUAAACGCAUAUUUUAAAAAAUACCAUCUUUAAAUUUCACAAAUGAAAUGAAACUGUGUUUCCCUUUUGUAAUUUUCUACAUUUCUGCUCAUAGACAUAAUUCUAUUCUAUUCCAUUUUCACCUAUCAAUACUUUUCAGCAUAACUUAAUUCCAAAUAUAACCCUAAGAGCCAAGGUAUCCUAUACACUUACAAUAGAUGGUUUAGAUUUCAUUUUAGUUUCAUCAUUCUAACUUUUGGAUUCUUUUGGUUUAUGUUCAUAGGAGAAAAUCAAAAGAUGUUUAUCAAUCAGUUUAUCAAUCAGUGCCAAACAAAAAAUUGAAUUGAAUUGAAACCAAACUUUAAAAUGAAAUGUACCAUUUAAUAAAUUAUUUAAAUUAAAAAAAAAUAAAAAAAUUUUUUAAUGUUUAUUACUGAGAAUUUAGUAUCAAAUGCUUAAACUACUGAUUUGAAUGUAUAUUUAAUAAUAAUAAUAAUAGUAAUCUUUAUUGUCCAUGAGGAAAUUUGUCUUACAAUUUGUGCAUCACCUAAGCAGGGGAACAAUUGUCUUUUACUUUUACAUGUCUUCUGAAGUGAUAGGUAAAAAAUGUGUAUUCUAUUUACUUGUUAUUGUAAAAUGUAAAACUAAUUGAUGAAUGAUUCUUCUAUUGGGCAUGUGCUAAUAAAAAGGGAGAUAACUAUAAAGUAUGUUUUAGUCUUUAAAUAAAAGUACUCUAUAUUUUCAGUCAUUUAUUGUUAACUUAAAUCCUAACGAUGGUAAGCUUAAAGUGUCAUAACUGUUGUCUUCUUGAAGUGCCAAUUUUGUAAAUGUAUAUGAAAUAUCAGAUGUAACGAGAAAGAAAAGAAGUUGGUUCUUAAUAUAUUUCUGUUUACAAUUUUGGAAAGCUUUGUUCUAUAGACCUUACCAUUCAUAUAUAGGCCUUCCCUCCAAUGUAGCCUUACUGUUCAUAUUGUGACCAAAAGGUAUUUUAAAAGAAAGAAAUUAUCUAAGCUGUGUAUAUUCAUAUUUUGUAUAUAUGUAACUAUUGAUAAAUAACUGGCUGUUUCAUAUAUCAGAAUUUUUUUCCAAAUUUAACUUUUGCUACUCUGAUUUUCUUCAAUAUUGUCAUAAAAUGCAUUUUCGGUGUUAUUUCAACACAUGUAUUAAAAGACAUUACAAUAGAAAUAUUAAACAUAAAAAAAAUUAAACUUUGAGAACAUUUGUUUAUGGGACAAAGGAUGUAGUUCUCAUUAAUAAGGAUGUUGUCUGACCAGCACAUUGAUUAAUUGCAUUUUUUGCUCUUGUAAAUUUUAGAUAACCAUUACAACUUCAAGAUACAGGGAUGCUUUAGAAAUCCUAAUCAAUCAAUUUCAUAUUUUAUUCAUAAAAAGAGUAUAUUACUUUAUAUUCUAGACAGAAACAUUCUUAAUUUAAAUAAAAAAUUAUUCAGUUGAUUAGAAGAGUAUAUAUACCUUUUAGAUUCCUUUACUUAGUGUGCUAUUUAGACUUAAGGUGUUCACCUGAAAAUCAUUAACAAAACUAAUGUUUUGUUUUCCUUCACUUCAGUGUCAAACAUUGAUCAUCAAAUCUUCAUUUUUUGUUUACAGUUCCUCUUAUUAGCUUGCAUACUCUUCAUACUCUCUCGAGGCCUACUAAGAGAUAUUAUGCUGCGAACAAUAUUGGCGAAAAAGAUUCGCAUUAGUCUUUUUUUUUGUGAUAUACAAUUUUAGUUUGUUGUCUGAAUAUAUUUUCAUGAAGUUUUUUUUUAUGCCAAAUUUAUUUUGGAUUGUUUUUUUUAAAAGCCUUUUUGAACUGUAUGGCUUUUUUAUUGGUUUCUUUUCUUAUCAUUCCAUUCUAGGAUACCUUCUAAUGAAAUAGACAAAAUAGUUGAACCUAUUAAAAACUGAAGCACUUUGAAAUUAUGAAAUAAUAUGAUUGAAUAAAAUAUUAGAUCAUAUCCAGA